AUGCUGCAGCUGCGCAUCGGCAAUGGCGAGAUACACACCACCGAGGUGGACGAAGUCGUGUUCAUUCCCCGGGUGCACUUCGCCGUAGAGGUGGACGACUGGGACGCCGCUUUGGCCAACCUGGACAAGCAGGGUGUUUCGUACUCCCGUUCCGCAGGCGGGGCGUUCAUGGGCACCGGCGGAGACGACUCGCAGCAGGGCCGCCGCGAGGACACCAAUGAGCACUACACCUAUAUCGCCGACCCUGACGGCAACCUGAUUGAGUUAGUGCAUCACCCGCUGGGGCUGCGGAGCACGGAAGGCGACGCGAUACCGCUGCACCGCGACACCGCCAACCCCAAGUGGACGCAGAUACCGGGGUUCGUGGAAGAGGCGUACAAGGAAGCGGAAGUUACGGUGUAG